GAACUUUUAAUACUUGUCUGUCCUUGAUCCUUGCUAAAUAUUGACCGCUAGAUCAAAUAUCUGCCUCCAGAUCCCCUAUCUGAAUUCCUCACUCCAUCUCCAUUUCAAGAAACAAUCUUUCCAUACUCCCUCUACUCUUGAGCACACACCCGAACCACACUGAAUCACUUGAAACUGCUAAGUGGCGAAAAAGAUCUCAAAAAGCUGCUGUUAACACUCACCUCAAUAACCAAACUCAAAUACUUGAUGCGUUCUCUUACCUACAGCGAUGAAGGUGUUGGUGUGCUUAGCAUCAGUAACCAUUGCUUACGGCUAAGAGUGCAAUUGUAUCCAUUCUGUUAGGCUUAUUGGAUAGAAUUUCCCUUUCUGGGGACGGAAUGACCAGCACCACUGAUGGACACGAAUUUCUAGAUAGUGAUGGGGGCUCAGAUGAUGAAACUCUUGAAACUUGUGAGGAACAUGAAUACACAGAAGAUGGACUGUUGCCAAACUGCAAUUUGCAAAAUGGUGCAGAAACUUCUACAGAACCAUCAAUAAAAAAUUUAAGUGCUAACAAUUUAGAACCAUAUAAUGGGAUGACAUUUGCAUCAUUAGAUGAUGCAAGAGAUUUCUAUUAUGAUUAUGCCAAGCGGACAGGUUUCACUAUUCGAACAAAUCGGAUCAGACAUUCGCUAAAGAACAUGGCAGUCAUAGGACGUGACUUUGUCUGUUCUAGAGAAGGUUUUCGUGCUGCAAAGCAUGCACUGAGAAAAGAUAGAAUUCUUCCCCCUAGGCCUAUUACUAGAGAAGGAUGCAAAGCCAUGAUAAGGUUGGCUGCAAGAGAUGGUGGCAUAUGGGUAGUUACCAAAUUUUUGCGAGAGCACAACCACAAAUUAAUGACUCACUGUAAUUUUCCUGGAGAAUUGCCAACCAUAAAUAUACUCAGUGAGGAGGAGAAGGAUAAGAAAAUCCAGGAUUUAUAUGAUGAGCUGCAGCGUGAAAGAGAACGAUCUGCAGCAAUUCAACAACAGCUACACAUGAUUCUUAAAGAUAUUGAAGAACAUGCUGAUUUUAUGUCUAUAAGGGUUGAAGACAUUAUUAACAACUUGAAAGAAAUUGAACUUGGCAAUCUGUAGUUGUGAACCACAGACACGAAUGCAAUUUGUAGUUAGAAUGAUAAUUGAAGCCAAAGUAGAGCAUGGCAAAACUCACUAAUACUUAAUUUCUUAGAGGCUGAGCAUUAUCUCAUUGACCUGACACUGUUGUUUAUUGGAGAGCACUAACAUACAAUAAAUAUAACCUGUGAAUCUCUCUGGUAUAUUUCCAUUUUUCAACUAGUGGAAUUUAGUAUAAUAUGUUUGAAGAAAGAUGGUCACUGCAUAUUCACACCUGAAACUUGAUGGUGAGCUCUACUCAUUUCUAAGUGCUGAUCAGACUUUGUUAGUAGUACAAAGGGUCAACUGUAUUCUCUGUUUCUCUCAAAUUCUUUUGGCAAGACCAAUUAUUUAGUUUUUGAUUUUUGUUUUAGUAAUGAAACUUUCUAUUUGCAGUUACAA